AUGGUGUCUCAGCCCCAGGGAUGUGCUCUGCAUCGGACUGGCAGGAUCUGUCACAGAGGCAGCCUGAUCAGGCUCUUACUCCUCCUCUGCUGCUCUCUCACGGCCGCCCAAGCUGCUAAACCCAAAGUCUCGAGCGGCGCACACCUCAACUCCAUCCGCAUAGACGGGGAUAUCUCCCUGGGAGGCCUGUUCCCCGUGCACUCCAGGGGCAACGAAGGCAAGGCCUGCGGGGAGCUGAAGAAGGAGAAGGGGAUCCAUCGUCUGGAGGCCAUGCUGUUCGCCCUGGACCGUAUCAACAACGACCAUUCCCUGCUUCCCAACAUCACGCUGGGGGCGCGCAUCCUGGACACGUGUUCCCGGGAUACCCACGCCCUGGAGCAGUCGCUCACCUUCGUCCAGGCCCUCAUCGAGAAGGAUGGGACAGACGUCAAGUGUCUGGGCGGGGGGGCACCCAUCAUCACCAAGCCUGAGAGGGUGGUGGGAGUCAUCGGAGCCUCGUCCAGCUCUGUGUCCAUCAUGGUGGCCAAUAUACUGCGGCUCUUCAAGGUAAGGACCACACCUUGGUGGUGAUUUACUACUUGUGUGUGUGGUUGUGGUUUGUUUGCAGUGUUGGAGUGAGUAUCUGAUGUAUGCACGUUGUAGUGUUUACAGUGGGUGUCGGAUGGAUGUACACUGUGGCAUUUGUUCCAUGUUAGCUCUAGUUGGGAAUGUUAUCCUCAUUCUCUGUUCUAACACAAUUUGGUUCCCUGAUAUUUGGAAAGAAGAGCUUGAAUAAUGACAGAGACAUGUGUGGCUCAGUUGGUAGAGUAUGGUGUUUGUAACGCCAGGGUUGUGGGUUCGAUUCCCAAGGGGACCAGUAUGAAAAAAAAGUAUGAAAAUGUAUGCACUCUACUGUAAUUCACUCUGGAUAAGAGCAUCUGCUAAAUGACUAAUAUGACUAAUACUGGUUAAAUCUCUGCCUCUACACCAUAGUUCCAAUAAUCCUAAAGUAAUGCCAUCUCAAUCUACCCUGAGGACUGCUAAAUUGUCACAACUAUUACCUCUAACCCAUAGAGUUGGAUAGAUGGCCCACAUGCAAAGAUAGGAGAUGAGAUCUCUAUGCUCUCAACUAAAUAAUAGGAUGCAACAUUAGUUGAUUUCAUUGUCUCCUCAUAGAACAAUAACAGUUUCUCUUUCGACCUGGAUUCAUUACUUUGAUCGCCCCCCAUGAUAGGGAAAGUCAUUUUCAUCCACAUGCUGUCCUUGUUCAUAGCACAUACCAAGUCCCAUGGUUUCACUGAUUUAUAAGCCCAGACCACCCAGCCCUGGAAAUAACUUCACUGCAUUCAUGUAGCUUCUUAAUUGCUUUCUCUGAUCUGUUUAUGCUGCGUCUUCUGUUGCCCAGGUUUGAUUGGUGGUGUUGGCUCAUUGAGUCAUUUCUUCCUUUUGAUAAGAAAUGCUUUGCCUUUACUCUCUUGGAAGUCAUGCAUUCAGGCUGUGUUUUAAGACUAAUUGGAUAUUUUGCAUAUCUAUUACUAAACAUCUCGCUAAUUGUGACCAUUGUAUUACAUAUUACAUAAGCUCUCCCUUGCCCUCCAUUUGGCAAAUCUGACCAGAACUCUGUCCUCCUGAUUCCUGCUUACCAACAAAAACACAAUCAGGAAGUACCAAUGCUCAAUUCGGAAGUGGCCUGAUGAAGCGGAUGUACGGACAUAUCCUAACCAGAAGCCAUGGUUUACAGGCAACAUCCGCACUGAGCUAAAGGCUAGAGCUACCGCUUUCAAGGAGCGGGACACUAAUUCGGACGCUUAUAAGAAAUCCCGCUACGCACUCUGAAGAACCAUCAAACAGGCAAAGCGUCAAUACAGGACUAAGAAAAGAAAAUAUUUGGCAUGGGACCGCAGAUCCUCAAAACAUUGUACAGCUGCACCAUUGAGAGCAUGCUGACUGGCUGCAUCACCGCUUGGUAUGGCAACUGCUCAGCAUCCGACUGCAAGGCACUACAGAGGGUAGUGCUUAAUGCCCAGUACGUCACUGGGGUCGAGCUCCCUGCCAUCCAGGACCUCUAUACCAGGCGGUGUUAGGAAGGCCCUAAAAAUUGUUAGACUCCAGCCACCCAAGUCAUAGAUUGUUCUCUCUGCUACCGCACGGCAAGCGGUACUGGAGCGCCAAGUCUGGGACCAAAGGGCUCCUUAAUAGCUUCAACCCCCAAGCCAUAAGACUGCUGAACAGUUAAUCAAAUGGCUACCCAGACUAUUUGCAUUGACCCCCUUAUGUUAUUUGUAUAUUGUAAAAGAAAUUGCACCAACUCUCUUAUACGGGCUCUAACCACACUCUUACUCACUGGACUCUAACCACACAGUCACACAUACUACAUUGACACUCCAACACGCACACACACACACACACACACAUGCAUAUUGACAUACAAUUCAGUCCCAUUAAAAAUCCUAUUUUCCCUAACCCCAAACCUAACCCUAACCCGUACCCUUACCCUAACCCUAACCUUAACCCAAAAACCUAACCUUAACCCUAACCCUAAAACUAACCCUAUCUCCUAACCCUAAACCUAAUUCUAACCCUAACACUAAUUCUAACCUUAACCCUAAACCCCCUAAAAACAGCAUUUGACCUUGUGGGGACCAACAAAAUGUCCCCAGUUAGUUACAUUUUUGUUUGUUUACUAUUCUUUUGGGGACUUCUGGUCCCCACAAGAAUAGUUAAACACACACACACACACACACACACACACACACACACACACACACACACACACACACACACACACACACACAUUCACAUUCCUUCACACUCUUCAUAUAUGUUGCUGCUACUCUCUGUUAUUAUCUAUGCCUAGUCAGUUUACCCCUACCUACAUGUUACCUCAAUUACCUAAUCUACCCUGUAGCCCUGCACCUUGACUCAGUACCGGUACCCCUUGUAUAUAGCCUCGUUAUUGCUAUUUUAUUGUGUUAAUAUUUUUCCUUUUCCUUUGGUUUAACAAUUAUUUUUUAUAUAUAUUUCAUUGUUGGUUAAGGGCUCGUAAUUAAGCAUUUCACAGUAAGAUCUACACCUGUUGUAUUGGGCGCAUGUGACAAAUACAAUUAGAUUUGAUUUUAGCCUGGUAAUUCAUGACAAAAUAAGACAGCCACUUCCAACAAUUUCUUCUCUGUCAGAUCCCUCCCUAUACUGUAGUUGUGGAUGUGGCAGGGAGCGUGAGGGACGUGGCUGUGACUGUCCUGGGGUUUAUGUGCUGCCAUAAGCACCUUGAACGCUCCCGGCUGAUUCCACCAUCACAGGUCUAUACAGUACCAACCAAGAGGGGUGUAUUCUCCAUCCUCCACCCUCCUCAGCCUGGCUGUAAGCAUAGCCCUGAGUGAGCCCAGCAUGAUGGGAUGCUCAUACAUAGGCACACACACACUUCUUACACGUAAUGUGCAGUAAUGAGCAUCUCCGACAGCGGUCUCUGAUCCCAUUCGCACAGGGAAGCCUUUUGGAAGUCCUGCAUCAUUAACACUCUUCCACUCUUCAUUACCGCAUAUAGGAGGUAGCCCUACAUAUUUAAUUUGUCUCACUCUGAUCUCUUCUCCCUCUACCCCCUUUACUCUCCUACUAUUUCUACAUGACCCCCAUCAACCUCACUGCAUAAUCAAACAGUCGUAUGAGGUAGGUACAGUUUGAUCCGAAUGUGUUGAGGGACCUGAAGUUGGCCACAUGUUGAGUCAACACUCCUCAUUAACAGGGAUAACUACAGUACAGUGCCUGCUGUCUUAAGGCGUCCGCAUGAUUACCAGCCGAAACGGUUCAGUAGAGUUCGUGCAUAUAUUAUGAUGACAUAUUGUGACGUUUCUGUUCGUUUUGGACUUCGGCGAGGGUUUUUUCGGCUGUUCGUGCACACAAAAUAAUAUCUGGAGGCAAGCUGAAGUUCGGAGCCAAAGUCUACGUCACCUCAUCGGUGAUUGGUCAACAGUAGGGAUUCUUCAAUAAAGUCUUUGUUGUCAUUCAAUGAGAGAUGACUCGUUUUCAUGCACAUUUUUUCAUUAAGAAAUACUGCACCAAACAUCUUAGUUAUAUGUAAAAUUGUGCGACUAAGAUCUCUUCGGCAAAAAUGUCAGAAUAAUGACAGACUUCUUGAAUUAUCUUAGAUUAAUUCUGACUAUUUUGAGGAAGUGUAUACUGGCUAUGGCUUCUCAAAAUGGACAAACAGUACUAUUGAUGUUUUUUUCACAUUUUUCAAGCGAAGAUCUUUUAAGGGAGUGUGCGAGUUUGGCUAGGGGCCAGCUGAACUGAAGCAUGCUGACGCCUUUUGGUCUCACUGCUGAACAUCAGAGGUAUUCACAGCAGUGGAGGCUCCUCCUCAGAGGAAGGGGAGGACCAUCCUCCUCAGUGAAAACAAUACUAAACAAAUUCACGUCACAAAAUAAUUGAUUAAAACACAGUUUUGCAAUGAAGGUCUACAGUAGCCUCAACAGCACUCUGUAGGGUAGCACCAUUGUGUAGCCGAUGAUGUUACUUUAGCUAAUAUGGUGACAACGAUGUAGGCUGUGUGUAGAGGUUAUAAUAUGGUUUGGCUUGGAAAGUUUAUUUUCCCCUGGUCACAUACAGCUGAUGUAUUGUACAUUGAAGUCCACAAGCGACGGGAAAAGGUGCGGGGACGAGAGCGCAUAGAUGCGAGAAGGAACACAACGUGGCUGCUAUGAAAGUGAACUGUGUUUACGUGUGAUCAAGGGUGUAUUAAUUCCGCAGAUUCUGUUGUAAAAUGUUUCUUAAACAGAAGCAAACGGAACAAAACGGGGAUAAACAUACCAGGAUUUGUCCAAUAGGAACUCUCGUUUGCGACUUGUACUAAUGAUUACACCAUAGAUCAGCUAGAUGCAGGCAAGAGUGUGCAUGGCAGUAUUGAAUGUGUCACUGUGUGUCACCUCAAAUUUUUGUCUUGACCUGUGUGCACCUACGUUGUAAACUUUCAUUCAUAGGCUAGGUUGUAGCAACCUCAUGAUGGUUUAUAGGGAACAUUUGAGUAUCAUGUAGUAGACUAAACCUAUCGAUGUUACAUUGAACUGGGUGAAUGGAAUGUGAAUGACAGUCAUCCAAUAUGCUAUAAUGGAAAUAAGGCGACGCUCAUGAGAAAAAAAAAAUCGUCCUCCCUCAUCUUAAACGGCAUCGACCGCCAUUGAUUCACAGGUAGCCUAUAUCCACCAUCACUCACUCAAUUGAAUAAUAACCUACAAGGAAGUAACAUAAAGAAAGUCCCUGACAUGACUGUAAAGCAGUGAUCAUCAUGUAUAGGUUUAACAGUAAACAACAGAUGGAGAGUGGAGAGUGGUCCAGUGUAACGGGUCUUGAGUUAUGGGCGUUUGUGUGCGUGUGUGUCUGCUGGAGGCGAAUGGAUGAUAUAAAGGUCAGGCCUGUUGAUGGCGGGUGAGGGCCAACGUUAAUGCCUACUCACCAGAAGGCCCUUGCUAGCAAGGCUCCAUUUAUAGAGUCAUCUUCCAAUGCAAAACUAAAGGGAUGAACCAUUCGGAUCAAUGCACUGUAAUGCAAUGUACUCUUCUCUAAGUACACAUACUUUACAAUACUAUGUCUGGUCCUGACUAGGUCAGUCAAGAUGGAAAACAAACAAACACACACACACUCCACCCACACCUACCCCCCAUAUCCCUCCCACACACUCCCACAGACAACGAGGCCCAUUUGCACGCAACUCUCUCCCAGUAGCAGCCACCCAUGUGCAGUUAGCAGGGUUGAAAGAAAACUGCUUCCUCAGCAUCUCCCCUGCAUACAGAUGUGAUCCAGAGCAGCUUGAUGAAUAUUUUACUCGGGGAUUACAUAACAGCGGCAUGGGGCGAGCUGUAGCUCAAGAACAUCUCUGUGUAGCUUUUUCCUCAUAACUACGGAGCUACUGUGACAGGCAGCUGAGCAAAGGAUAAUUAAUGUCGAGAGACCAGCCAUUCUGUGUGAUUUCAUUAUUUAUUUGCAAAGCAGAUGCCCUCAUCCAGGCGACACGCAUCACCUACAAAUUUCACAAUCAGUCAGCCGCCGCGGUGGCAUGUUUAUCAGAGUACACAGCAGCAAAGGCAUCAUGGGAGAUUGGCUAUAGUACCAACCGAACAUGCCUUGGUCAACAAAGCCUAGAUAGGCUAAGUAGAGAAUCGUCAUCACAUUUGUUUGUGUGAGAAGUCUCUGGCAUGUUGUUAUACACAAGCCGUAAACUUUGUCAACAUGCUUUAUGUAAUAUUGAUACCCCCGCUGUGGUGUGCCAUCACCGUACAUAGUGUUCAUUGCUAGUUCUUCUUUCUUCUAGUUUUCCCCAAACAGAUAG